AUGGCCCGGUUAAACGUUGGUUGGCGGCGCAGUCACUGCCAACAAAUAACAAUAGUUCUUGGUAGUUCGGACGAAAAUGGCGAGAGUAGGAUGUUGCGGCUCACGACGGAGUGUACGGGGUUCGAACGGAUAUGUAUUUGUUCCCACUCGGCAGACGCUGGUCAGGCUGUAAGUACCCGGGCCUGGGACUUCUCCGAGCUGCUGGGGGGUUGUUCCAGGGGUCAAGGUCAAAUGCGGGUGGGUGGGAGCUGGGGUGUGUCGUGUAUGUAUGGGCUUUUCAAUCGCCGCACUCGCCAAGUCGCCUAUGGGUUAUGGAAUACGCUGCGCGAGCCAUCAAUCGAGCGAGGCUCACCUUCGACCCACGACUUCUUUUCCGUGUUCAACCGGCCUGACAAGGGCAUGGGUAGGGGCACCUACCCGGCUGGGGUGUGAGGAUCCCCGGAAUAGGCAAUCACUUAUUU